AUGCCCACUGUGAUACUCGGCGGGGGCAUAAUCGGCGCCUCAAUCGCCUUCUAUCUCUCUGAGCAACAACCAGGCCAAGAAAUCCAUAUCGUCGAAUCCUCGCCAACCCUGUUCAGCUCUGCAUCUGGCUAUGCAGCGGGUUUCCUAGCGAAAGACUGGUUCGAGCCGUCUCUCCUCCCGUUAGGCGAGUACUCGUUCGCCGAACAUGAGGCCCUGUCGGCGAAGUUCGGCGGUGACAAGAAGUGGGGGUUUAUGAAGGGGACGGCGCUGAGUCUAGGGUCUACGGAUGCCAGUUCUGGCGGUGCACGCGGUGAUGACUGGUUACGCACUGGGACGAGUCGUGCAGAGACGGCGACGAGUCAACCUGUACUAGCUGAAGGGCCGGAGUGGUUAACCAAGCAGAGAGGGACGGUUGUUGAGAGAAUCAGCGAAGGGGAUAGUGUUGCACAGGUAGACCCCGUCCGUCUAUCGCAGUUCCUGCUAGACAGGAGUCUCCGUCGAGGCGUGAAACUCCACCAACCAAGCAAAACUACGUCCCUCAUCACAGACUCAACCGGCACAAUAACAGCCGUGAAGAUAGUUAACCUUGAUACAAACGCCGAAUCAACAAUCAAAUGCACAAACCUCGUCCUUGCCGCAGGUGCCUGGACCCAACGGGUCUUCCAGUCUCUCUUCCCAGCAUCAAGGACGGCUUUCCCAAUCUACCCACUGGCAGGGUACUCCCUCCUCGUCCGCUCACCACGGUACACAUCCGCGCAGGAGCGCGAGGAAAACAACCACAGCCACGCAGUCUUCACAACACACCCGCCGUCAUGCGGCUUCAGCCCAGAGAUGUUCUCCCGCCAGGGAAGCGAGAUCUACAUCGCGGGCCUAAACAGCCGCGAGAUCCCCGUGCAAGAAUGCGUCGAGGAUAUAAAGUCCUUCUUCGAGCAGAGCGAGGUCGAGAAGUUAAAAGCCGUCGCAGUCCGACUCAUGGGCAAGUUACCGGAUGGAGCAACCGAGUCAACGGAUGAAACACUCAAUGUGGAUGACCUUGAGAUUCUCCGUGAGGGACUGUGUUUCAGGCCUGUUGCGGAGCGAGGUGUGCCGUUUGUCGGGAGGGUCGAUGAUGCUGCUCUUGGUGGGUUGAAAACAAGUAGGAAUGGAGGCGUUUUUGUAGCUGCGGGUCAUGGGCCUUGGGGGAUCUCGCUUGCUACUGGGACUGGGAGGGUUGUUGCAGAUUUGAUUCGGGGUGUGAAGCCCGCUGUUGAUAUUACUGGGUUGGGCGUGGGGUCUUCGAAGGCGAAGGCGAAGCUGUAG